UGCCGACCCCACCGCGUGGACGGACGGUCAGCAUCAAGAGGCGACAUGCCUACUGCUGCUCCUCACCCGUUUGUCCUUAGACCCUCUGACACCCACAUCCUCACCACCUCCACCCUGCGGCACUGAUGAAGCCUCCUCUGUCGAACCCACACCGGGCCGAAGGGCGGAUAGAGGAGAGAGAGGAUGUACUGGCGCGUCGGCUUCGCCUGGAGCCGCUCCUGCGCGGUUGAGCUGGGCCAGAACAAGAGCCUCUCGCUCGGCUUGUGCGGCUCUGAGGAGCAUCUCUCGUUGUGUGGGUACAUUAUCGCCUACCCGCUGCAGGAGUACGGAGGGAUCAUGUCUGCGUUAGGAUUCGACUCCUGGUGGAGGAAAACGCUCUACAUCACCGGGGGCGCGUUGCUCACCGCCGCUGCCUAUUUACUACAUGAGCUGCUUGUCAUUAGGAAGGAACAGGAGUUGGACUCUGAAGAUGCCAUCAUUCUGCAUCAGUUUGCCCGGCCCAAGACUGGAGUCCCUAGCCUGUCCCCUUUCUGCCUGAAGAUAGAAACAUACCUGCGGAUGGCGGACCUUCCUUACCAGAACUAUUUCGAUGGGAAGCUGUCUCCUCAAGGGAAGAUGCCAUGGAUGGCGUAUAAUAAGGAGCAGGUGUGCGGGACAGAGUUCAUCAUUGACUUCCUGGAGGAGAAGCUUGGCGUGAACCUCAACUCCAGCCUGAGUCCUCAGGAGAAAGCCAUCUCACGUGCAAUCACCAAAAUGGUGGAGGAACACUUCUACUGGACGAUAGCAUACUGUCAGUGGGUGGACAAUGUGGAAGAGACACAGAAGAUGUUAGCCACAAACGGGCCGCUGAGUGACCUGCUCAGAUGGAUCUUGAGUCAGGUGACCGGCAGCAUCGUGAAGAGAGAGAUGUACGGCCACGGGAUCGGACGCUUCUCCAAAGAGGAGGUUUACUCUCUGAUGGAGAAAGACAUGCGCACCCUUGCCACAUUCCUUGGCAAUAAAAAGUAUCUAAUGGGCCCGAAGCUCUCCACAGUAGAUGCUGCUGUAUUUGGUCAUCUCGCUCAGGCCAUGUGGACUCUCCCAGGGACACGUCCGGAGCAGUUAAUCAAAGGCGAGUUCAUCAACCUGGCCAUGUACUGUGAGCGAAUCCGCCGCAAAUUCUGGCCGGAGUGGUUUGUGGACGUCGACGACCUUUACUACGAUGGACUGAGCGAGGAGCCGGAUUCUCCUUCCCAGCUUCCGGAUUUGGGUCUCUACUCACGCAGCGGCAGCUUCCAGGAGCAGGAAAGCGCUCUGUCGCACCACGACACGCCGUCACCGGACAGCGACAUCACCGGGCGCUCUCUGUUCGACUCGGACAUGGACACCGAAUGCUCGGAAAUGGAGCAGUUGAAGUGAAAACCAUACCCUCUUGAUGAUGUAUCUGCACGGGCCCCGCCCCCUUUGUUCUCCCACAAGCCCUUUAGCAGGGGAAGGGCUGGUCAAAUAAAGAUGUGGUGACAUGACAGCGGUUUUCCCAGACUCUCGGCAAUAAAGCCGACGGGAAAGGUAUUCUGACACUUAAUUUAAUUAAUGAGAAAGAGGAUUUUAUUAAACGAGGUAAGGUCAGGCCAUAGAGAAUCCAGGAAGAAAAAGUAUCAAACAGAAUAAUAAAGAUGGAUGAAAGCGCGAGAAUGGAACGGAGUGAAUGACGCUUCAGCCGCAUCACUCCUCCUGCGGUGUGACAUCAUCACUGCGCUUGACAUCAGCAGAAUGACAUCAUCACAUGUGACCACUUCCCUUUCACCGUGUGUGUUUGUAGCUAAACAGCAUUUCUUACAGCCUGGGAUUUAUUAUUAUAGCCUACGGCUAGACAGACAGAAAGAAGGGUUUUGGGUUCUGAUUGAAAGAUACUUGUGUGAAACAACUUGACUGAUUUAGACGGCACAAUAUCUCAUAGUCAAUCUAAAAUUCACGUCGUUUUAUUCGGUCAAAUCUACAAAGCUAAGACUGGAAUAUGCAGAGCGAGAAAACUGAUGGAUGGCUAUUGUGAAAAUGUUUUUAUUUUCUCAAACCAUUGCAGCGCAGCAGAACUCCCAAAUUGAUGAUCUUGCCAUUUUUAUUUUUUAUGGCCAAUUAUGCAAUGCAUUAAUGAAUAAUUCAACCAAAAAUGAAACUUCUGUAAUUUAAUCAUCCUUAUAUCAUUCCUAGCCUAAAUGACUUACUUUAUUCUGUAGAACAUAACGGAUACAUUUUGAACAAAUUUUAACCACUUAUUUUCAUACAAUACAUACAAAAGCAUACAGUGACCAGAGGCAGUCAAGAUGUAAAAAAGCACCAAAAAAAGUGGUUUAUAUGACUUAUGCACUAUAUUUUAGGUCUUCUGAAGUUACAUAGUGGCUUUAUGUGAAAACAGCUUGACGUAUG